CACAGUCGCGCCUGAAAAUCGUAUUAAUAGGUUUGCCCUUACCACCACCUAUGAAAUUAAUAAAAGUUACUUAAGUACUUAUUUUAAUUGAACAUCAGUCGAAUCUGAAUCACUUUAUGGGGUGGUGGUACGGCUUCUGCGAUCAGUAGGUAGUUACAGCGAUCCGUAUAUUGUUUACUCGUUAAAAUAUAAAGCGAUUUCGUGAAAUAAAAGUGCAUUUACGUUGGAAGUGCCAUACACAGCGAACAUGAAGCUAGUGCUGGCUAUCUUGGCUGUUGCACUGGCAGGUGCCACUGCGCAAAUUGGUCUCCUGAAAAAUACUCUUAGAGUAAAAUGGGGCCUCCCUCUCAUCCAUUCUGACUUCCUGUACGAGAUCCCUCGGCACGAGUUGCUGAUCAUAUCGGAGGGGUGGGUGCGGGUGGCGCGGUCCAGCGACGCGCUUCUGCCGACACUCAAGAUGUACUGCAUGAAGCAGGACUACACCUUCUGCACUAUGUAUGAUGCUGUGACGGGCGAUGUAUCUGGACUGCAGAUUGCUAUUCCAGUAGCAGAUUACAAGAACUACCCCGUGGACCUGAGCACCAUCGGGUUCCGCAAGUGGGCGGCGCCCGAUAACAAAGAGUACUGGAUCAGCGAGCAGUACUUCGUAGACCCAGAACCUUCCAAGGCCGGCCUCACGGAGCGCAGGGCGAUACGCGCCGACGCGACCCUGGAGCAGGGCGGGGUGUGGGUGCCUGACGUGCAAGGAAACCCCAUGAAGAUCGGAGACAAGGAGGCCGAUAUGGAAGGAACUAACUUUGAUAAGCAGGCGUGCACGGUGUCUAUGGGCCAGCACUACUACUACAACAUGACGUCCCAGUCGGACUGCUCGCAGCUGUACCCGUGGUUCGGCCUCUACAACGAGGGCGCGCUGGUCGGCACCGGCUUCAAGAUCUUCGGCACCUUGCCUGAAGUGCCGGCGGGGCGGCGGGUGUGGUUCGAGGAUUCUAAUCGGCUGGCUAUUCAGCUGAUCGUGCCCGACGGCCCCGAGUGUUUGUAUGACCUGACGGACUCCCCCGGAGCCUUCACCCUGCACAUCUACUACGAAGACCAUCCCUACACCUUCUUUUGCUGA